CACACCAGAACACUGCCUCCUUUUUUAAAUUCUUGCUUUCUUCGACUCUUGCGAGCAAGCUUGCAAUUCGUUCCCGCGCUCUCUCCCAUGUCCUCCCCGCCGAUCCGAUUCCGGCCGCGAGGUGGUGGUGGCGGUCGUGGCGGCUGGUCAAGACCUCCGUUUCGUCCUCCCUUUGCCUCAAACCCAAACUACGCCUCUUCUUCCUCCAAUCCCACUCAAUAUAGCCCCAAUCCAGGCGUUCAAAAUCCUCGGGCGCCCAAUCCUGUGACCAUUGACCAGGUUGAGGCCGCGGUGGCCAAAGCUCACCGGGAGCUCAUCGCCGCCGGAGAGGGCGUUUCCGUUUGGAAGCUUUGUCAGAAUGCUGCCCUUUCGCUCCAGGCUGAUUCCUGGAACGCGCUGGGGUAUGGGUUCUAUCAGGUCCCGUUUCUUCGGAAUCUCCGAGCUAUUGAAGGGAAGGUGAAUGUGUUCAUACAUUGCUUUGUUUCGGUGCGAAAGAUGACUUCUUUGCAUGAUCUUGAUUCGGAGAUAUGCAAGAGCGAAGGGAUUGAGAAGUUUGAUGAGCUUGGGUUGGGACCUUUGCUCCGCUACCCACUUGUGCAGUAUUAUUUUUCUGUUCCGGCUGAUGCCAAGGAGGUUUGUAAGAUUACGUUUGAACAACUGAUCGGCAGGCUUUCAGUGUUCGUGUAUAGGUAUAGGAAUAAGGAGAUGAAGGUUGAGGAGUUCUUGGACUUCCUUGUGGAAAAGCAUUCAGUGAAAACAAGGGAGGAACUUGGCGUGCGGAUUCAGAGCCUUGGGUUGUUUAUCAAAUUUAUAAAGGGAUGCAGACGGACUGAGUCGGCUGCUCUGAGUUCCAUCCGGGAAAGUGGGUUGGUAAAGGCUGGGAAUGAGAGGCCACCGGAGACUAAUCCUGAGGCUUCCACAUCUUCCAUUUUUCCUUCAGAUGAGCAAGAUUUCUUGGUAAAUGAUGAUAAUGAGAAUGAUUCUUGUAACAAUGUUGAGAAACAGAAGUCAUCUAGUUCACUUCACCUGUCAAUUAUUGAUGAUAUGAAAUUGCUUGGUAUGAAACUUGCGAAAUUGGACACCAAGAAUGAUGAAAAGAAAAUAACUAGAAAUGAAGAUCGAAUUGAAAUUCAAUCUCCGCAUAUCUUUAAGGUAAUACAAACAGAUCAAGAGAAAGCUGGGAAGCUGAUUCUGAAUAAGAAGGAUAUUGAGACAUUUGUAGCUAGUUGGAAGGAGGCUUGUCAGAAGUGUUCUGUUCCGGAGGUUUUUGCUUUGAUGCUGAAUCUCUACACGUCUUCAGAUAAGAAGAAAAGGAAAAUGCAAAGGACAUUCAUGUCUUAUCCUGCUGUUGCCUUACUAAAUGUUGCAGUGAAAUCUAUUAAAUUUGACAUGUUGGAUAAACUUUAUGACACGAUAAAUGAUAUGGAAUCUCUUGGCCACCUCUCUGGUCCACAUGCUGACACUGCAGCAAUAGAGUCUUCAAAUGAAGCAAUGCCUGUUACAAAUGAUUCUGCUUGCAUUGAAGAAGCUGUGAAGAGUGCUACUGUGGAGGGUAUUAUUAAGCAAAUCUCCAAUUAUUUUGAACUAGAUCAUCUUUCACCGAGAAGAGGAGACCUAUUGCUCAAGCAUUUUGUACUUCAUGGUUGUGAAAUGUGGUUGAAAUCGAAUUUUUCAGUCAAAGAAUUUAAAUCUCUUGGUUAUGGAACUUUCCUUGAGUUUUUAGAAAAGCAUUCUCCUCUGCUUCAUCCUGAGGUAUUUAACUUGGUGAGAAAUUUUUGCAGCAGCUCUACUUUUGAAGUCUCAAUGAUCCAAAAACAAUUAAUAUCUAUGUUAUCACAAGCUGAGAAGAACUAUGGGAAUGGAAUUGGUUUGACUGGGCAAUGUAUUUCCACUAUCCUAAAGAGGCAAUUUCCGUCUAUCUGUUUUCAGAUAAUGUCCAAUGAACCUGAAAGAGUCUUUGCAGAUCUUACCAAGGGCCAAAAGCAUUUUGAUGCUUCCAGCUGUAUUCAUUUUUCUGCAUCGCUUUUGGAAAGUUCCUUAAACAAAAACUCAUCGUCUCACUCGAAGAAUAACUCAAGUCUUGCUUCUCAGAUUACUACUGAAGCAGACCAACUGGCCGGCCCACUUGGUUCUGUCACUUCAAAAGAUGCAAUGGAAUGCUUACUUAAAGCUCCGAUUUUGUCAGAUCUAAGAAUGUGGUCACACUGGGAUCUUUUAUUUGCUCCAUCACUGGGUCCUCUUUUAGAAUGGUUGCUAAAUGUAGGUUCUGCCAAGGAACUAUCAUGUUUAGUGGCUAGUGAUGGAAGAAUAAUCAGAAUUGAAGAAUCAACCAGUUUUGAUGACUUCUUUGAGGCAGCAAUUGAAGGUUCAUCUUUCAAAACUGCAGCAAAGUUAUUAUCUCUGAUCUGUGACUAUGGAGGAUCUAAUAAUAUUCCGUUGCCUCUUCUAAAAUGCUAUGCCCGUAGAGCAAUUGAAGUCAUCAUACAUAAGUAUGUUGAUCAUGAGGAUGCAAAUAGUAGUUGCAGAGCUCCUGGACAAAGUAACUCUGGGGAAUUUUUUUUUAAUGAAGCUGAACAUGGCAAGAUACCUUUUCCUGGUAAAAACGAGAAUAAUAAAGUACUUGAAGAUCUCUGUAGAGUAAAUCAAGCUUACUCCAUUGUGUCUAAGUUCAUUCUUGAUUGUGUUGGUCAACUACCUUCUGAAUUCCGCAGUUUUGCUACAGAUAUAUUCAUUUCUGGUUUACAAUCAUUCACUAAAGAUGCUGCUUAUAUCAUUAUAUCCGAGUGUAUGCAAAUUAAUGAGCGCAUCAUGAUACAUGAAAUUGGACUGUCGCUUGGAAUAGUGGAAUGGAUCAAAGAUUACCAGGCCUUCGGUGCGUCCUCAUCUGAACCUAUGCAUACUGAAACAGAUGUCUGGCAUAGGCAGAGCACAUAUCAAAAUUUCCCCACAGAUGAUGGCAAAACAACAUCAAACAGCAUUGCAGAUUCCGGAGUGCUGGAUAAGCAUAACAAAACUUUUAGAGUUGUAAAUGCAGCAAUAUCUACUUCUGAAGAAAAAACUAAAAAGCUUGAAGUUCUUAGUUCAACCAUUUCUGAAAACAAUAAAAUUCAAGAUGCUAACCUUCUUAUUGAAAGCAUUCGAAAGGAGGAGUUUGGUCUUGAUCCAGAUACUAAGAAUGCUGAGAGUAUAUUGCUGAAGAAGCAGCAUGCUCGUCUUGGUAGAGCACUCCAUUGUCUUUCACAGGAGUUAUAUUCACAAGAUUCUCACUUUCUGCUUGAACUGGUGCAAAAUGCAGAUGAUAAUAGUUAUCCGGCACUUGUGGAACCAACACUGGUUUUCAUCCUUCAGGAUACUGGGGUUAUUGUACUGAACAAUGAGCAAGGAUUUUCAGACAAAAACAUUAGAGCACUCUGUGAUGUUGGUAGUUCAACAAAAAAGGGAUCAAAUGGUGGCUACAUAGGGCAAAAAGGCAUUGGAUUCAAAUCUGUCUUUCGGAUUACAGAUGCUCCUGAAAUUCAUUCCAACGGCUUCCAUGUGAAAUUUGAUAUUACUGAGGGCCAGAUUGGUUUCAUUUUGCCAACUAUAGUUCCUCCAUGUGAUCUCAGCUCUUUUAAGAAGCAUUUAGGUAACUUCGAUAAUGCUGAUUCCCACUCUUGGAACACUUGUAUUAUUCUUCCCUUCAGGUCAGAACUUAGAGGUGGGGUGGCUAUGGGUUCCAUCAUUAACUUGUUUUUAGACCUCCAUCCAUCAUUGCUACUCUUUCUUCAUCGGCUUCAGUGUAUAGUAUUUAAGAAUGUCAUUGAUGACAAACUUUAUAUUAUGAAAAGGGAGAUCCUAGGGGAUGGCCUUAUCACUGUCACGCAUGGAAAAGAUAAAAUGAACUGGUUGGUAGUCUCUCAAAAUCUGCCAGCAUCUCACAUACGUCCAGAUGUCCAAACGACAAUGAUAUCCCUAGCGUUUACACUCCAGGAGUCUGAUAGUGGAAAUUAUAAAGCCUACCUUGAUCAGCAGCCUGUUUUUGCUUUUCUUCCUUUGAGGAAAUAUGGGAUGAAGUUUAUUCUCCAAGGUGAUUUUGUUUUACCUUCCUCUAGAGAAGAAGUUGAUGGAGAUAGUGCUUGGAACCAGUGGUUGAUGUCAGAGUUCCCAAAUUUGUUUAUCAAUGCUGAGAGAUCAUUUUGUGCACUUCCUUGUUUUCAAGAGUGUCCUGGAAAAGGUGUUACAGCAUAUAUGGGUUUUGUUCCUCUUGUUGGAGAAGUGCAAGGAUUCUUUUCUCAUCUUCCACGUAUGAUUAUAUCUAAAUUACGCUUGUCCAAUUGUUUGCUUUUGGAAGGUCCGGGUGAGGAAUGGGUUCCUCCGUUCAAGGUGGUUAGAGGUUGGGAUGAACAGGCUCGUAACUUCUUGACAGAUAAUUUACUUAAGCAGAAUCUUGGGCUUGGUUAUUUGAGUCAGGAAAUCAUCUUGCCAGAUCCCUUGGCAAAAGCCUUGGGAGUUCAAGAAUAUGGUCCAAGAUUGUUGAUUGACAUUCUAUCAUCCAUAUGUCAUGUUAAUGCUAACAUUAGGUCAUUGGGCAUUGAAUGGAUUUCUAAGUGGCUCAAUGCUUUCAAUAAUUCCUUGUCUGCUCUUUCAACCACAUACUUGACCUCUACUCAUGUUGAGGCAGAGUCCGAUCUUUUUGCCAUGAUUAGAGAUCUUCCAUUUAUUCCACUUUCAGAUGGUUCAUAUGGCUCAGUGGCUGAAGGCCCAAUUUGGCUGCCCUGUGAUGCUUCCAGUUUCAAAUUUGAAGCUGAGGAUGGUCUUCAUCAUUUCUCAGACUUGUAUUCUAAGCUUCGGACUGUCACUCCACACUUAUUCUCUUCAAAUACGGGUACCUUCUCUGGGGAUGAGACAGGAGUUGAUGACCUCAUCCGCAUACUAACUAAAAUUGGUGUUCAGAAGUUAUCUGCUCAUGACGUGAUAACAAAUCUCAUCUUGCCUUCAGUUUGCAAUGAAAAGCUUACAGAUUCUGAUGUAAACUUGAUUGUAGAGUAUCUUUCUUUCAUAAUGAUUCACCUUCAGUCUGCAUGCUCUAGUUGUCAUACUGAAAGAGCCGAAAUUAUCUCCAUGUUGCAAAAGAAACCAAUUUUAUUAACCAGCCAUGGUUUCAAGAGCCCGUUUGAGGAACCUGUACAUUUUGGCAAAGAGUAUGGCAAUUUUGUCAAUAUAAACAGAUUGCUUGGUAGUACAGAGAUCAAAUGGAUUGAAGUUGAUUCAAUAUAUUUGAAAUAUCACAGCACUCAUCAGCUAUCAUUCAGGAUCUCAAAAUGGAGAGAGUUUCUCUUGGAGUUAGGUGUUACUGAUUUUGUUAAAGUAAACCUUGUUGAGAAAAAUGUUGCAGACAUUCUCUGUACAGAUGUUACGAGUCUACCAUGCUUUGCUGAUCAAAGUGGAACUAGGUUAUUUGUGAAGGAUUGGGAGUCACCUGAGCUGGUCCAAAUAUUAUCUGCACUGUCAAUUGAUGAAUACAUUGACAAGUGUAAAUAUCUUAUGGAAAUUCUAGAUAUUAUGUGGGAUGAGAAUUUUUGUACCAAAGUAGAAACAGACUGUGUGUUUCUUGAUGGGCAGAAGAAACUUUUGCAAUCCUCAUUUCUAAAUUGUAUUCGCAACACUAAAUGGGCAGCAUGUAGCUUGGAUGACAAACUUCACUACCCUAAAGAUCUUUUUUAUGAUUGUGAGUCAGUUCGUUCCAUCUUGGGUGCUGUUGCUCCAUAUGCUGUUCCCAAGGUGACUAGUAAAAAGCUUUUGGAGGAUAUUGGGUUGAAGGUUCAAAUAACACUAGAUGAUUCUUUGAGAGUGAUUCAGUCCCUCAAAAAUUCUGAUCCUCCAUUGGCCAGUGUUUCCCAAAUGUCAAAAUUGUACACCUUCAUUUGGGAUGAAGUGGUUGCAACAAAAGGCAAAAUUGAAGACAUCAGAUCGAGUCUCCUUGUUUUCAUCCCAAGUGUUCUUAACUCAAGACACCUUGAUGUUGUACCAGGUCUUUUUAUGACUCUGGAUGAAGUGCAUUGGCAUGACCCCACUGGUUGCAUUGACUUGCUGAUGAAGAAAAAGCGUAAAAAUAUAUCAAAAAGUGAAGUUAAACAUUCUUCAUGCGUCACAUUGGCCACUUUCUAUCCUGGUCUUCAUGAUUUUUUUGUCCUGGAUUGUGGUGUGCUAGAAUCUCCUUCUUUCGGUAGAUAUCUACAAAUAUUACUCCAGUUGUCAAGUAGUGUCUUGCCUUCAGAAGAUGUUGCUCACAAAGUCUUUCAGGUUUUUGUGAGGUGGGCUGAUGAUUUCAAAUCUGGCUUAGUUAAGCAUGAAGAAAUAGUUGAUUUGAAAGAUGCUCUUCUCAAACCAGAAAUUGCAAUCCUUCCGACUUUGAAAGAAAAAUGGGUUUCCCUCCAUCCUUCUUUUGGACUUGUAUGCUGGUCUGGUGAUGAGGAAUUAGUAGAGCAAUAUGGACACUUAGAUGAUGUAUUCUUGAUAUAUUUUGGUGAACUUGAUAGCGCUGAAAAAGAAAUGCUCGAGGGCAAAGUUGCUACAUUGAUGCAACACAUAGGCAUUCCUUCUUUAUCAGAGGUUGUAUGUCGUGAAGCUAUAACUUAUGGCAAAGCAGACAACACCGAGAAGGCUUCUUUGGUUAAGUGGAUUCUUCCUUAUGCACAACGCUAUCUUUACAAGAAGCAUCCUGAUGUAUAUUCCCACCUCAAGGAAAAGGGAUUAGAAAACAUUAGCCAACUACAGGUCAUUGUUGUUGAAAAGCUAUUUUAUAAGAAUAGUUUGAAGGGGCAUCAUUCUGCCAAAAAUAGAAGAUUUGAGAGCAGCUCUCUUUUGCAGGGAAAUAUCUUGUACGCAACUGACACAACAGACGCUCAUUCUGUGUUUCUGGAACUUUCUCGGCUUUUCUUCAAUGGGAUUACUGAUCUGCAUAUAGCAAAUUUUCUUCACAUGAUAACAACCAUGUUUGAGAUGGGGUCUUCGAAUCAGCAAAUAGAAUCCUUUAUUAUUAGUAAUCAGAAAGUACCUGAAAUUCCUGAUGGGGAACCCAUCUGGUCACUUUCAAGUUCAUUUCAAGUUGGAGAGGAUGAAAUUUCAGUCCCCCUUUAUGUUCCACCAAUGAUCUCCAGACAAUGGUAUCCAAGUAAUGCAAGGAACCAAAACAUUCAACCAUGCUGGCCUCCUCCAAACUGGCAAACUACUGCUCCAAACGUAAAUGUGGCUUUAGAUAAUUGUCCCAGGGAAGCACCCGCAGAAAUCUCAGACAAACUCCCUGUCACAACUACAGCUUCAAACUUCCCAGAACCUGAGCUUUUCAAAGCAACAGAACAACAAAAUAUACCUGAAGAUUCCAUUGCUGAGCAAACCAUCACUGAGACGGAAACUGAAAGGCUAUUUUGGGAAAUUCAAGGAAUGGACCAAGCAUGGGAAACUGGAAGGCAGGGGGAGUUUGUUGCUUACAAAUAUUUUACUGAGAAACUUGGUUCGACUGCUGUAAAGUGGGUUAAUCAAGACAUGGAAACAGGCUUGCCUUAUGACCUGAUUAUCGAUGAAGAACCAAAAAGUACAUACAUUGAGGUCAAGACGACAAAGUCCACCAGUAAAGAUUGGUUCCUAAUAUCGACAAAUGAGUGGCAUUGUGCAUGUGAGAAGGGUGAUUCAUUCAGAGUUGCGUGGGUUAAUCUGGCAAACCCAUCAAAACCAAAGAUCUUGAUUUUUAAGAACCCAUCAAAGCUUUGCCAGCAAAAUGUGUUGCAGCUUGCUAUUUUGGUGCCUAGCAACAACAUGAAGAACUCUGAUAUUUAGCAUCAUAUACGUUUUCUUUAUGGUAUGGUUUUUCAGAAAUGGGCAUGCACUUGUUUGUACAGCAGAAGUGCAGAUCUUAACUUUAUGCUGAACUUUUAUCAUGAGACAUGGGUCCAGUUAUGAAAGUUCACUUGCCCCUGGGAUGUAAAUAUGAACAAGUUAUAUAUGUAUAUGUGCGUGUGCUAUUUUUGCUGUUAAAUUAAGUUUGGCUGCCUGUGUUUAGCA